UAAAGCAGCUGUAUUCUGCUUGAACAUCAGACUUUUUGUGAAACCAGAGGCAAAAUGGUAUUCCAAGCAGUUGGAAAAUUACUUGGAAAACACAGUAAAAUAAAGAAGAAAGCCUCAGCAGAAACGGAGAAACUCUUCUUGGAACCUCGAUACACAACUGCCCGGAUACUAGAUGCUGAUAUAUUAAUGCUGGUGGCGUUACCUAAAGGACUCAACGUAGAGGAGUGGCUGGCCAGUAACGCAUCUGCAUUCUACAACCACGUCAGUCUCAUGUAUGGUUCAAUCUCCGAAUUCUGUACAAUAUCAUCCUGUCCCACCAUGAAGGCCUGGGCAGUUCAGAUCCAGUGGACUGAUGAAAAGGGCCGCAAGAGAAAAUGCUCUGGACCACAGUAUGCAGAUUAUGCUGCCAGCAUCAUCCAAAAAAUCCUGGCAGAUGAAGAUUUGGUUCCUACUAAACACUGUAAGGACUUCCCAAAGACCUUUAAACCAGCCAUUCAGAAGACAUUCCGAUUCCUCUUCCACCUUCUGGGCCACAUCUACACCUGUCACUUUAAAACAAUAGUGAACCUUGAACUACAUCCCCAUCUGAACACACUCUACCUUCACUUCCUUCUUUUCUGUGCAGAGUUCCAUCUUCUCGAUUCCAAAGAAAUGGCCUUAAGCGAAGACUUAACCACAGCCUUAAUAAAUUGCAGCCCUUGCCCAAGGACCUCAGGAAGCCGUUCUCGGCAUACAUGAACCAGAUUUCUGAUAUUUAAUGUAUACUGCCACUACAUCCUCAAAUAUAUAGCAAAAUCAUAACCAUAAAUACUCCUUUGUAAUCUCCUGCUUGGUGUUGCACCUCCAGCACAUCUGUUUGCCAAACUAUAGGACAACGAAGCCCAGAGUAUGCUGUGAGAUGUAUACGACAGCAGCUAACAACAUGGAGUUGGUUCAGGAAAGAAACGCUAAAUAAGCCGCCAAAGUGCUUUAAAU